CCUACCCCGGACAAGAGUGAACUCCUCUACUAUUGGGCCAAAGAGACUCGGAAGGAAAAAACAGGACCAAGGAAGAGAUUUACAACGUGAUUUGUAAACUUAGAAAUAAAAUAGAAAUCGUAACGGUUCUAAAUCAAAAGUAUUAGAUUUAUUUCACGCGCCGCGAACAGAGUACCUUGGUGCUCCACGGGUACCUUACCCACGUUAAAUUUCCCUAAAAUUUCCCUAACCGCGAACGGCACACGAUAAUCUACCAGAAAGUGAUUGAGAAACAUGGCAACCACUAGUGGACAGUCGCCUACUUUAUCCACUGUAUCUACAUGUAGGAGACACCGUCCUCUUGGAAGUCAAGCCAGAGAAAUCGUGUAUAAUGUACACGCAUAUUUGACAGAGAAUAAAAAGAAAUUUCAUUUAGAAUAUAAUGUUCUAGAAUCUACAUCAGAUGCUACCGGUGUUUCACGUUCAACUGUAAAUAGAAUUGUAAGAGAAAGAAAGAAGUCUGUUACAGGUGAAGACUCCACCUUUCCUUUCGCUCCGAAACAAAGAGGUGGUCAGAAUAAAAUUGAAUUCAGCCCUUUUGUCGAAGGAGCCAUAAGGAGGAAAAUACACGAAUUCUAUCUUGUUAGAAAAGAAUACCCAUCUGUAAACAAUGUUCUGAAUGCUUUGCGCGAAGAUGGUACCGUGACUUGUAGUAGAGAAUCUCUUCGCUUGAAAAUCAGAGAUCUUGGAUUUGAAUGGAAUUAUAUAAAUGAUCAAUCCAAUAGAAAAUUGUUAACUGAAAAUUCAGAAAUAGUGUUGUGGAGACGACAAUUCUUGCAGGCUAUAAAACAAUUCAGACAAAGCAAAAGAGUUAUCGUAUACUUUGGUACAACUUAUUGGCAUACGUUACAUAUUACGACCAAAUGCAGGCAAUCGGCUGAAGAAAUUUCCAAAGGAAAAAAGGUCAUUAUUGUUCGUGGUGGAGGAGAAAUGGGAUUUAUACUUAAUAGUUUAUUAUUGUUCAAAUCAAAGACACCUAUGGAGAAUCAACAUAGCAACAUAAAUAAUAGUCAUUUUAUGAAGUGGGUCGAGGAACUUGUAGUACCAAAUUUACCAGCAAGUUCAGUGGUUAUUGUGGAUAAUACACCAUACCAUACUUUAGAUGAAAACAUUAAGUCAAAACUUAUGAAGAACAUCAAAGUGAAGUUAUCUCCAAAAGAUUCGAGUUUCGAUAAGCUUCUUCAAAGCCACGGACACGAAGUAUUAAGACUCCCACCUUAUCAUCCAGACCUAAAUCCAAUAGAAUUGGUUUGGGGUGAUAUUAAAAAUAAGGUGGACAAAGAAUGUUUAUCCGCCAAGUUGAAAGAGAACAAGGACUUUCUUUUGAACUGUUUUUAUCAAAUUGCCGUUGAAAAGUGGAAAGUUUAUUGUACACAUGUACAAAAAAUAGAAGAUGAAUAUUUACAACACCAUGAAUUAAUGGAUGGAAGCAUACACAGCUUCAUUGCACAAGUUGUGAUUUAUGUAUUUAUGUAUUAUAGGUUAUCUUAAAACUAUAAACACUCAUAAAUAAAUAAAACUGAACAAAAUACCGUCAUUCGCAACAUAACAUUUCCUUAUGCAAAUCAUUGUGACUUUACGAUCAGUUUUAUUAGAAAUAAAGUAAAGUUAAUAAAAUAAAUAUUGUAUAAAGAUGAAUAAAAUUUACACUUAUCCUCGCACGUGCCGUAAAUACCGAUAGACAGCAAUGCCACGCAAAGUUCCAUGGAAUAGGCUUGAAAAGAGCGAUAUCAGCGCUUUCUGGUGUUAUAAUUGAUUAAGCUGCCUAAUAGCCUCAAAGUUUGUUAAAAGCACACAGACGAGGUAUCGUCUGUGGUAAAAGUACUCAAAUACUGUCGAUUAUGCUUCAUUAACUUGCCAUUGUACCUAAAGGCGCCUAUAAAUAGAAUUUAAUAAUAAUUUGCAUUUGUACAUAAAAUAUAUUUUAUACAUACAAAAUGAUACAAUCUUGCACAUAUAAGAGAGAUUCAACUUCACGAACGAUUAAUAAAUCGGUUAUUAAUG